UUGCUGGUCACUCAGGAUCCGAGGCGCAGAAUGCAAGUGCCUAUACACACGUCAGACGUGCGCGAUCUCGUCAUUCACUCGUCCGGUCGAUUAGUGCUUACUGUCGCGUUUGAUGGCAAGCUUGUUUUGACCAGCAUUCAAGACAAGAAGGUGGCGGCGCAGGUGGCACUCCCCCCAGGCCGGCGCCAGGGCUGGUCCUGCAGCUUUAGCGAAUCGGACCCCUAUGCAAUGUUCUGUGGGUUUCAAGACGGCACUGUGGUCAAGUACGACAUGAGAAAAUCGUUUGCAGGCGACCAGGCGAUCGUCAAGAGCUUUUCACUCCCCGAACGGCAGCCCGUGCACUCUAUUAAAUUAUUUUGCAACCACGACGGACCGUAUACCGAGGGGCUCGCAGCAGCCACAUUCCGCGGGCUUUCGGUGUGGAGAAGUGUUGCAGAUGCUCCGCCCACCGCUAAUGGACCGGUGGGCAAUGGAUCAGUCGCUGCAACGCCGUUUUCGCACGUGCCGAGUGACCAGGCAUGCUUCUCGCUAGCGUCGAACCAGCUGCACCCGGGCCAAGUAGUGAUGUCGUCACGAGCUACUCCGACAAAACACAGCGUGUUCGACCUUCGAACGGUUGGGGGAGGGCAGCUGGCACCACGAGUGGAGUUUGGGGGCCACAAGGCGGCGUCCGUCUUGUCCCGGUCGGCGAUGUGGUCGGAGGCUGACGGCACCUCUGUGGUAGCCUCGUGGUCGCAAGAUGUCGAGCGUGUGAUGUUGUGGAACGUCGCUAACCACCGCGAAGCCCGUGGCCCGGAGCCAACGUCGCUGAGUGUGGCUGGCGCGUCCAUGCCGGUGGUGGACAUCAAGCAUGCCGUCGCGAACGGCAGCUGGAGCGCCGGAGGCUCUGCUCUCUUCGGGACGAUGACGUCUCGGCAGCUGUGCGUGCACCGCUCGGGCGGA